GACGCACAUUGGACACCGUACCCCUCAGCCACGUAAUUCCUCUAAACGGGCCGCACGGAGGUGCAUGGCCCCAUCCCCUUGUAUCAUGAUGAAUCCUGUGCAGGGGUCGCCGUCCCAAGACGCCAAACAGCUUCAUCAAAAAGAGGAGACGGAUACGGAGAGCGAGGAACUGCAACCCAAAGACAUGACAACCGAGAAAGGAUACAAACUCCAGCGGAGCAGCCUCCCGUUUAGCGUCGAGUCAUUGAUUUCCAAGAAGACCACCUGUCGGACUUCUUACUCGUCCUCAGAUUUAGCUCUGGUCCUUCCGAAGCCCGUGGCUGGGCAAGGCGAACAUCUCUCUCCAAGGACUUUUUACGCGGAGAGGAAGAUAUCGGCUGAGAGCUCGCAGGGUGUUUCCAGUAGCUCCAGCGAAGACAGUCCACAGUUUUGUGAGAAAGAUCAGAGCACUUGGUUCCAGACGUCCUCCUUUUCUACACCUCCCCGAAGCUCAAGUCCAACUCAGUGUACUUUAAGGAAGCAUAAAAACAACAGGAAACCUCGCACGCCCUUUACUACCUCCCAGCUCCUGGCGCUGGAGCGCAAGUUUCGCCAGAAGCAGUACCUCUCCAUCGCAGAGCGAGCCGAGUUCUCCAACUCUCUCAACCUGACGGAGACUCAGGUCAAAAUCUGGUUUCAGAACAGGAGGGCCAAAGCCAAGAGACUUCAGGAGGCCGAGCUGGAAAAGUUUAAGUUAGCCUCCAAGCCCGUCCUGCCUGCAUUCGCGCUGCCUUUCCCCCUCGGAGCGCACAUGAGUUCUCCAUCCUGGGGCCCUUCAAACGCCUUCCCGAGACCCAGUCUGCCUGUGCCAGGACUGUUCAGUGGACCCGUCACUUAUGGGAUGUACUAUUUGUCUUAA